GUGUCGGCGUGCCUCUGUGCUCGACUCUAACCUUGCACUGCGCUGUGAUUGUGUGCAGCCAUCGGUACAUGCCGGGACUAGCAAUGUGCCUGAGGGGCGGCAGGAACUGAGCCUGAUACAGCUCUUCCGGGAUUUCUCCUACUGCGGAGCAGAGAGGGUCAAGGCACUUUCUCUCUAACACCCACGUCCACCAUUGCACAACCAGGUUUCACUAUGAGUUCUAACAAAAAUAGACACUUUGGACAUGUUCCCACAAUCCUCAGCACCCCGGCCUGAUUGCUAACACUGAUCUGAGUUUUCUGGGUAGUGUCUUAUAUGCUGCACCUGCAGAAUCUUUCAUUAACUAGAAGUCAAACACAGAUUAUCUCAGUGUAAGUAACCCAGUUAUCAGGCUGUCUGACAGCUCUGCAACAGGAAGUCUUUUGUUUUCCGUCUGACCCUGAGGUUUCCAUGGAGAUGCUCAUUUUAUGUGCUUGUGUCAGUCCUCGGUGAGGCUUUGUUCCGAAAAUAUCUGGCAUUAAAACUCCCAGCUGAAUGCCCUCUAAUCUCACAGGGUUGAUAUUUGUUUGAUGCCCUCGCCGUGGCUCCCCUCUAUUUUUGUAUCUGAAGGCCAGUUGUUAAGACAUGCAGCCUCCGUGGAGGAGAGGUCACGGACCCACGCUGCUGCUGCUGCUGCUCUGUGAGGCUGACCUCUUUUAAACACAAAAACAUGAAAUAUUAUACGGUUUGACUAAAAAGUCCUUUAUAUAUGAGCGAAGAUGGAAGAUAUUCAAAGAAUACUGUAAAAGUGCAGUACGUUAGCGACUAAUAUAAAAGCCCAUUCAGGAAGAAGUAAAUGCUUCUUUCUCCAUGUUAAAAGCUUUUAAGUGAAAUAUCUUCAAACAGAGUGAGUUAUCUCCGAGUCUUUUCCUCACAGUAUGAAGCGCCUUGAGCUCGGUUGUAAACUGUGUUACAUAAAUGAAAUAGGACUGAACUGAUCUGAUGGAGCUCUGUCAUUUUGUAUAAAUGAGCUCCUACAGUCAGAGAGCAUGGCUGAUUCACCUGCCUGUAUAUAUUCUGCCACACUGCAGGGUUUGAGUGGGAACGUCCUGAGAAGUCAGGAAUUAAUCAAGCAGGAACAUUCAAUCACUAAAACUUAUUUUUCUAUUCAGGGUUGCAAGUGAGUAACUGUAAUUUGGCCUCCUAGUCAAAAAAUAAAGAGUGUCACUAUUUUUUCUGCAAUAAAUUUAAGCAAUAAUUAUAUUUUAGCAUUAAGAAAUAUUUUGAUUAGAGAGCUUGUGCAUGCUGGUGGAUCAGCCCAAACAGAAACAUAAAACAUGAAUUUGGUAAUUACCAGUGCUGUUAAUUUGGGGCAGAUGUGGCAUAAACACAGGUACAAACACAGUGUAAUAAAUCUGUUAUGUACUGUACUGUAUCUCAUGCAGUGAAAGCCUCUUGGAUUUGUUUUCACAUUUUUUGAUGUUCGUGGUUAUUCCGUUGACAGGGCGGUGAAUGCUUUGAAUAUAUUUUCAGUGUUUUAGUUGUAAAGACGCUCAGCUGUGAGCUGCAUCCCUGAAUGAUGCCAAGCUUUGGCUACCCGGGAUGUGCCCAGCCAUCCAGGACCGUUCAUCUCUACGGGCUUUUUCCUCCAUACGUCUUAGUGUGGUGACGUCACGGUUGACCCUCUGCUCCUGCAGGUUGUACCCACUGUCACAAAGUUUUCACACAUCUCAUUAUUUCUCUUUUAUCACGUGUGAAUUGUACUGAAGCGGUCUUUUUAGUAGUGUUUUUGGGGGUGUAAUCCUUAUACGAGCUUACAGAUGCUCUGAUAGUUACAUGCACAUGGACUUAUAUCUGACCCCCCGCGGUCCCCCUCACACGGAUCAUGUGCAGGAAUGCUGCGUCCAGCGCGCGCACAGCAGAUGGAGGCACGCGCCGUUGAGUGUGGAGUUAACGCCGACCGAAGAGGGCGUGGUCUGGGUCAAUAAUAACCGCCUCGCUCCUGCCAGCUGUUCCACAAACAAAUAAAGACAACAAAAAUCAACAUCCGGAGUGCUCGUGGAGGUGGGAGCUUAUCACCGCGGUCCUCUGCUCCAGCUUGGAUGCGCGCAUCGGCUCUCCGCACUUUCCACCGGAGGAAAUUACACGUCCACGGCUGAUCUGAAGGAGGUGUGACUUGAGAUGACUGUUUGAUCGUCCCCCUGCCUCGCCUCCGCCGCGGAGCUCCGGCACAUUUUACAGUAUGAGCGGAUAAAACGGCAGCUCGGAGUGUCCGGAGGUAGAGAUAAAGGUGACCGUGAAUCGGAAUCGACCGUGAGGUGAACUCGUCCCGGGGAGCUCAGGCUCGCCGAUUCUUCGGGACUGCCUUACGUAACUGAGCUUUGUGCAGGGACUAGCAGGGAAAGCGCUGGUGUCGCGCUGUUGAUCACAGCCAGAAAACGAAGGUGAAGAGAGAGGAAUCCCCUCACAGCCUUGUCCGUCCGCUCAGCAUGAUCAGUGAGGACGCCGUCUCCCAUCACCAGUGAGUACAUUGAGAUGACUGAGGGCCACAGGCAGGGAGGAGGGGCUGUCACUGUGGAGGCUGAUGCCAUCCUCCACACGGCGAACUCUGACUUUAUCACGCUUACUGACAAAAACAGGAAUUUAUGUCCAGGGUUUGUCCAGGGAUUCCUGCAAGAUGAGCCUGGCUUCAGCCCUCCUCCAGGGUUUGAAAAGGAAUACCUGCUGGAUGGAAGACUGAUGGAGAAUAACCACACUGAUAACCAGAAAGGUGGCAGCUCGUACAUCUCGAGUGCUGAUCGGUUUCACCUUUCAGGUGACAAGGAAAGUCCAGAAGCCCCACCUCACACUGGCUCCAAUCACAUUGCUGGCAUGCGGCAAAACUGUGCAGGUGGCGAAAUCCCCAACGGCGCCCGAGCUAAAGUGUCCUACAGUGCAGAUUCCUCCAUACACCUGCCCAGCCAGGCCCAAAAGGAAGCCGAUCAGCCGGUUCUAAAAUCAAUCCUGGCGCACAGGGACGGCAGCCAGGAAGCUGGAAACACACAGCCCCAAAGUGAGCCUGACUUAGUCAUAGAGGUAGGUGGGCAGACGAUCAACGCUCACAGGUCUGUCCUAGCUGAGAAGAGUGACUACUUCAAAGCACGGCUGUCACGCAACAUCCUGAAAGUGAAGGGCAUCAGUUAUAAGACUUUGUCCACGUUGAUAGACUAUGUUUACACUUCAAACAUCAGUGUUAGCAAAGACAAUGUAGUCGAUGUCAUCACGGGGGCUAAAAUCCUGCAGAUCCCCUGUGCCGUCCAGGCAGCUAUGGACUCCAUGUCUGAACAAAUCACGGCGGAGAACUGCUACGAGAUCCUCACCAUCGCCAAGAAGCAGCGGCUGAGUGAACUGAAGGAGACCGCCUACGGAUUCAUGAGCGACAACUUCCUCCAGGUCCUCAAAGACCCCGCCGCGUACGGACGUUUGACGGGAUCCGAGAGAGAUCUGAUUCUGAAGAAGAGAAUGGAGGGGAGGAAGACUCUGAUGGUUGCAGAGAUAAACGAUGUGUUCGACCGAGUCGGAAGCCGGCCCCCGAGUCGCUGUGGCAGCCGGCCACAGAGCCCCUUGUCGGUGGGGUCUUUGGAGGAGAACCAUAUGAUUUACCACUUUAACGAGACAGCAAAUGACUGGAGACCUUUGACUGCCAUGCCCGAGGACAUAAAUACUAAAGGCUGUGGGAUCUGCACCAUGUUUAACUACCUGUUUGUGGCCGGGGGAAUAAAAGGCUACGGGGACAAAGGCAAGGUUUCAGACAAGGUCUUCUGUUACAACCCUAUAACCAACCGCUGGGCCGAGGUCAGACCUCUGAACCAGGCCCGUGCCCAGCUAAAGCUCGUCUCUAUGGAUGGCUAUCUGUAUGCCAUUGGAGGGGAAUGUUUGUUUACAGUGGAAAAAUAUGACCCUCGAAUGGACCGCUGGACGACAGUAGCCCCCUUGCCCAAGGGAGCCUUUGCAGUGGCCCACGAGGCAACCACCUGCAGUGGAGAAAUUUACGUAUCGGGCGGCUCUCUUUUCUACCGCCUCCUCAAGUACGACCCUAAGAGAGACGAGUGGCAGGAGUGCCCCUACAACAACAGCAGGAAGAAGUCCACUGACAUGGUGGCGCUGAAAAGCUUCAUCUAUCGCUUUGACGUCAGCCGAGAGCAGGGGAUCAACGUCUUCAAGUACAACACCAUCGUGAAAAUGUGGCACGACUGCAUGUCGCAGAGGCUCGGGAGUCACUUACCCUUCAGGUGUGCCGUCAUCGGGAACUGCAUCUACUGCGUGAACAAAAGCCAGACUCUCCAGUUUGUAGUGGAGGAGGAGAACGCCUACUUUGUUGAGGAGACGCUGAGGGCACCUCUGGAGGCAAAAGGCAUUCUUUUUCCGUUUGUUCUCACUUUGCCCGAAAAGCCUGAAAAAGUUGCGUAGCGUGUCUGUGCGUGUGCAAAUGUGUGAGUGUGUGUGUGUGUGUGUGUGUGUGUGUGUGUGUGAGAGAGAGAGAGAAUAACACAAUAAAUGUGUCAUAGUAAACCUGCAAUAAGCAGAAGACCUUAUGUACACUCUUCAAUGUCAGCUUCCUAUCUCAGUGUCUCAUUGCCUGCUUGCAAUCGAAUGUGUGUAUUUGCAUGGCGGUGUAAUGCAUCUGCAGGGUCGAGCCUUAAAAACAAACCUUUUUUUAAUGUUGAACGAAUGCAACGAUAUUAGUUUGUGACUGCAGAUAAUGACACGAUGAAAGUGACUAAUUUGUGCGCUAAGAUUUUGUUUGGUGACUUUUUUGUAGUUUUAGAUAUUACUGUAUUAACUAGCUGACCUGUGACUGGUAACAAAAGCGAGUGUUUUAUUGAAAGUUUUUAAAAAGAUGGAAGCUGUUCUAGUGCGCUUUAUGAACGACACAUACAGGUUCUAUGCAACGAGUGCUUCUGCUGUAAUGCUGUUUGUAGUUAUUGUGAGUGGAAUCUGGAAGAAGUGCAGUUCUCUUCAAACACGAAGUCUUCGAGACCACCCCGAUAAGGUCCCCACCACAGUAAAGCUAAAGCUUUAUAUUUAUAAAUCAGAAAUCGAAGCCAUUAUGAUCAAAUAUGUAUAAAUUACAUGUAUUUUUAGAUUCAAAACUAUUUUGCAUAUCGUGCAUACUCUACAGUUAGCCAAAGAUAAUGACCCCGUCAGGCUCUAUUAAAACCAACACACAAACUUUUCUUUUUUUUUGUUUUUUAAUUUAAAAAAAAAGAUUUCACUACAUUUUUGUCACUACAGGAAAAACCUAAAGCAAUACCAUUUCUGCACAGGACACAGGCCUGUGGUUUGCUGCUCGCAGGCAGGUUCAGGAAAGUUUAAGGAUGCAGAUCUGACACUACAUUGCCUUCGAUCAGUCCACUAACAAAGAGAUCCUGAUGAUUCUGCACCAAUGCUAAUAAGCCAUGUUGUUCUUGCAUCUGUGCACGUGAAUACACACACUACUCUUCUUUUAGACAUUUUACAGCAUUCGUGGUUGCUUCAGUAACACAGUGGGCGUUUUGUACGGAAGCUAGUGCUGAUAUAUUCCUGAAAAUAAACUGCUUUUGAUAAUGUUUGUAGAAGUGUCUGAGCAAUCGGUGCGACUCAGACAAAAAUGGAUGUGGUCUUGAUAUUUGGCCGGCUGGAAUCUGUAGAUUUUGUGAAUUUAUGUGGGGGUUUUGGUAGUUAUGGAUCUGCUGCUGUGAUGGUGGGUGAAUUAAUGCAACGUAAGGCAACGGCUUCCUGUUCAUGGCAUUUGGAGUGGGCUAAGAAACGAGCUGUGGGAUAAUGUAUAUCAGUCCAAACUAAGUGCUUCAAAUAAAAUAUUUUAUGUCUGAAACUGA